AUGUCCCUGGACCCCCGUUCCUGUGACGCCAUUUGUGAAGAACUUCAUGCAGAAUCGUGCAUCUGUGACGGAGCUGGCAUUCUCAAUUUAUGUCGACAGGUAAAAGAACUUCGAGUUGGAAUUCGCCGUCUGCUUACUGAAGACAUACCGACUCUUGGAGACAUCAUCACAGAAUUUCAAGAGCCACACCUGAGGGAGUUUAGGGACUUCCACCGUGGUGCCAGAAGAGAUAAUGUUGUCAGAACUCCAACCGAUAUAGUUUUUGCCACAACAUCACUCCUGCGUUGUUGCAACGAACUGAGUUCCAAUGUUACGAGAGGAUUCAACCGCCUAGCCAAUAAGGAAACUGUUAAACUUAAUACCCAUGCAAUCGGUUACGCACCUAUAUUUUCCAGAGAGAAAUAUAGCAGUUAUCCACCCGCAACUGUGGAGACAGAGAAAAACGAAAACAGAACAAAAGAUAAGAAAUUAAACAGUAAUCAUUGCGCAGCGCCACAGGUAAAAGCGGGUGGCGAGAAAGAGGGAAAAGCUAACCCGCAAGCAAGACACGAAACAAGUAGAUCACUGGUGUCACAAAAAGAAAUUUUGACAUCUCGGCUAACUACUGUAGACAAGUAUCCUGCAUUUGGUCAAGCAAUUACUGAAGAUAAGCCUCUCGCAUUUGGUCAAGGUGCGACUGCAGAUAAGCCUCCCGCAUUUGGUCAAGGAGUGACUGCAGAUAAGCCUCCCGCAUUUGGUCAAGGUGCGGCUGCAGGCACAACUCCCGCAUUUGGUCAAGGAGUGACUGCAGGCACAACUCCCGCAUUUGGUCAAGGAGUGACUGCAGAUAAGCCUCCCGCAUUUGGUCAAGGUGCGGCUGCAGAUAAGCCUCCCGCAUUUGGUCAAGGAGUGAAUGCAGAUAAGCCUCCCGCAUUUGGUCAAGGAGUGAAUGCAGAUAAGCCUCCCGCAUUUGGUCAAGGAGUGACUGCAGAUAAGCCUCCCGCAUUUGGUCAAGGAGUGACUGCAGAUAAGCCUCCCGCAUUUGGUCAAGGUGCGGCUGCAGAUAAGCCUCUCGCAUUUGGUCAAGGUGCGACUGCAGAUAAGCCUCCCGCAUUUGGUCAAGGAGUGACUGCAGAUAAGCCUCCCGCAUUUGGUCAAGGUGCGGCUGCAGAUAAGCCUCCCGCAUUUGGUCAAGGAGUGACUGCAGGCACAACUCCCGCAUUUGGUCAAGGAGUGACUGCAGAUAAGCCUCCCGCAUUUGGUCAAGGAGUGAAUGCAGAUAAGCCUCCCGCAUUUGGUCAAGGAGUGAAUGCAGGCACAACUCCCGCAUUUGGUCAAGGAGUGACUGCAGGCACAACUCCCGCAUUUGGUCAAGGAGUGACUGCAGGCACAACUCCCGCAUUUGGUCAAGGUGCGGCUGCAGAUAAGCCUCCCGCAUUUGGUCAAGGAGUGAAUGCAGAUAAGCCUCCCGCAUUUGGUCAAGGAGUGACUGCAGGCACAACUCCCGCAUUUGGUCAAGGAGUGAAUGCAGAUAAGCCUCCCGCAUUUGGUCAAGGAGUGACUGCAGGCACAACUCCCGCAUUUGGUCAAGGAGCGGCUGCAGAUAAGACUCCCGCAUUUGGUCAAGGAGUGACUGCAGAUAAACCUCCCGCAUUUGGUCAAGGAGUGACUGCAGGCACAACUCCCGCAUUUGGUCAAGGAGUGACUGCAGGCACAACUCCCGCAUUUGGUCAAGGAGUGACUGCAGAUAAGCCUCCCGCAUUUGGUCAAGGAGUGAAUGCAGAUAAGCCUCCCGCAUUUGGUCAAGGAGUGACUGCAGGCACAACUCCCGCAUUUGGUCAAGGAGCGGCUGCAGGCACAACUCCCGCAUUUGGUCAAGGAGUGAAUGCAGAUAAGCCUCCCGCAUUUGGUCAAGGAGUGACUGCAGAUAAGCCUCCUGCAUUUGGUCAAGGUGCGGCUGCAGGCACAACUCCCGCAUUUGGUCAAGGAGUGAAUGCAGAUAAGCCUCCCGCAUUUGGUCAAGGAGCGGCUGCAGGCACAACUCCCGCAUUUGGUCAAGGAGUGAAUGCAGAUAAGCCUCCCGCAUUUGGUCAAGGAGCGGCUGCAGAUAAGCCUCCUGCAUUUGGUCAAGGUGCGGCUGCAGAUAAGCCUCCUGCAUUUGGUCAAGGUGCGGCUGCAGGCACAACUCCCGCAUUUGGUCAAGGAGUGAAUGCAGAUAAGCCUCCUGCAUUUGGUCAAGGUGCGGCUGCAGGCACAACUCCCGCAUUUGGUCAAGGAGUGACUGCAGAUAAGACUCCCGCAUUUGGUCAAGGUGUGGCUGCAGAUAAGCCUCCCGCAUUUGGUCAAGGUGUGGCUGCAGAUAAGCCUCCCGCAUUUGGUCAAGGUGCGGCUGCGAAUAAAGCUUCUGUAUUUGGUCAAGGAGUGACUGCAGGCACAACUCCCGCAUUUGGUCAAGGAGUGGCUGCAGAUAAGCCUCCCGCAUUUGGUCAAGGUGUGGCUGCAGAUAAGCCUCCCGCAUUUGGUCAAGGUGCGGCUGCGAAUAAAGCUUCAGCAUUUGGUCAAGGAGUGACUGCAGGCACAACUCCCGCAUUUGGUCAAGGAGUGGCUGCAGAUAAGCCUCCCGUAUUUGGUCAAGGUGUGGCUGCAGAUAAGCCUCCCGCAUUUGGUCAAGGUGCGGCUGCGAAUAAAGCUUCUGUAUUUGGUCAAGGAGUGACUGCAGGCACAACUCCCGCAUUUGGUCAAGGAGUGGCUGCAGAUAAGCCUCCCGUAUUUGGUCAAGGAGUGACUGCAGAUAAGCCUCCCGCAUUUGGUCAAGGAGUGACUGCAGAUAAGCCUCCCGCAUUUGGUCAAGGAGUGGCUGCAGAUAAGCCUCCCGUAUUUGGUCAAGGAGUGGCUGCAGAUAAGCCUCCCGCAUUUGGUCAAGGUGCGGCUGCGAAUAAAGCUUCAGCAUUUGGUCAAGGAGUGACUGCAGGCACAACUCCCGCAUUUGGUCAAGGAGUGGCUGCAGAUAAGCCUCCCGCAUUUGGUCAAGGUGCGGCUGCAGGCACAACUCCCGCAUUUGGUCAAGGAGUGACUGCAGGCACAACUCCCGCAUUUGGUCAAGGAGUGACUGCAGGCACAACUCCCGCAUUUGGUCAAGGUGCGGCUGCGAAUAAAGCUUCAGUAUUUGGUCAAGGAGUGACUGCAGGCACAACUCCCGCAUUUGGUCAAGGAGUAACUGCAGGCACAACUCCCGCAUUUGGUCAAGGUGCGACUGCAGGCACAACUCCCGCAUUUGGUCAAGGAGUGACUGCAGGCACAACUCCCGCAUUUGGUCAAGGAGUAACUGCAGGCACAACUCCCGCAUUUGGUCAAGGUGCUGCUGCGAAUAAAGCUUCAGUAUUUGGUCAAGGUGUGGCUGCAGAUAAGCCUCCCGCAUUUGGUCAAGGUGUGGCUGCAGAUAAGCCUCCCGCAUUUGGUCAAGGUGCUGCUGCGAAUAAAGCUUCAGUAUUUGGUCAAGGUGCUGCUGCGAAUAAAGCUUCAGUAUUUGGUCAAGGAGUGGCUGCAGAUAAGCCUCCCGCAUUUGGUCAAGGUGCUGCUGCGAAUAAAGCUUCAGUAUUUGGUCAAGGUGCGGCUGCAGGCACAACUCCCGCAUUUGGUCAAGGUGCGGCUGCAGAUAAGCCUCCUGCAUUUGGUCAAGGUGCGGCUGCAGGCACAACUCCCGCAUUUGGUCAAGGAGUGACUGCAGGCACAACUCCCGCAUUUGGUCAAGGAGCUGCUGCGAAUAAAGCUUCAGUAUUUGGUCAAGGUGCGGCUGCAGGCACAACUCCCGCAUUUGGUCAAGGUGCGGCUGCAGGCACAACUCCCGCAUUUGGUCAAGGUGCGGCUGCAGGCACAACGCCCGCAUUUGGUCAAGGUGCGGCUGCAGGCACAACUCCCGCAUUUGGUCAAGGUGCGGCUGCAGGCACAACUCCCGCAUUUGGUCAAGGAGUGACUGCAGGCACAACUCCCGCAUUUGGUCAAGGUGCGGCUGCAGGCACAACUCCCGCAUUUGGUCAAGGUGCGGCUGCGAAUAAAGCUUCAGUAUUUGGUCAAGGAGUGACUGCAGGCACAACUCCCGCAUUUGGUCAAGGUGCUGGUGGGUGUGUAUCCAACUCUGUCUUUGGGACGACUCCGGCAAGCGGUGGAUGUGAAUUGGGUACAAUAUGUGGAUUCGGCUCUGACCCGAGUGGAGUGAAGUCGUUGCGUGUUAACCUUGGUGCUAAUUGCGGUGUAGGGACUCCUUCUGUUUUUGGUGUGCCCGGUCAUGUUUCGAGUCCGCAAGUUGCUCCCUUUGGUUCCGCUGCUACGUCUCAUGUUUUUCAGUCUUCUUCUUUUUCUAGUAUUGCCGGCAAUUAUAAGGCCACACCUGAUUUUAAAAGUGUCUUUUCGCAGUAG